UGCGUUUAAAUUCUGGCGGUUGUAUGCAGCGUUGGAAUCCAUCGUAUUGUUUUGAUUGUGUUUUUCUCAAGUUAUUCGUCUUGUAUCGGUGCGUCGUGCAAUUAAACUGACCAAAUGUCGUUCUCAAAGUCUGCCGUGAAGCGAUUCAACGAUAUCACAAGUUGCGCACCUGCCCCAGGUACGUAUAAUGUGAAAGUUGUACAGAAAUCCACAAGACCAGUUGUAUUUGAAAAGUCAGACAGAUUUAAAGCUUGUAAAGAAUCAGUUGGCAGCUGUCAUAGUGAGUUGGAUACUAGUACUUGUAGCAGCUACUUGAGUACACCAUCUAAAAAGCUGUUUGCAUCGCCAUUCCAACGGGCUCCGAACUCACUCCGAAGUCUCAACAAAAAGAUAUCUGCAAGUUGUGAAAACAUUGUCUCCAAGAAACAUGCAAAUCUUGCCGCAGAAUUGGAGGAUAGAGAUCAGAAAAUUGCAGAGUUGCAGUUGAGAGUCAAGUGUGCAGAAAAUGAACUGUUAGUGCUGCAGUGUAACAUAGAUAGACUGACAGACAGCAACAGUAAACUAGAAGCCGACAAAACUGAAUCAUUGAUGUGCUGUGAGAAAAUGAAGCAAGAAAUCACUGAAUUAGAAGGUCUAACUGACAAAUUAAAAGAGGAAAAUGAAAAUCUUCAGCAAAAAUUAUCAACUCGAGAAGAAAGCCUUGCAUUAAGUACAACAACUGUUACGAGUCACGAUACUUACGCUACUAUGUUCGAGCAAUAA